AAAGACAUCUCUCACAAAAACGACCCAUUAAUCAAUAUAAAAUCUCCCUUCAUUUUCCCCCUUUUCUCUCUCUUUCUACAACUUUGACAGCAGCUGAUCAGUUUGCACCGGCGAUCUCUCUAUUUUCCGACUCAAAAUCCGGCGAAUUCAGACCGUGAAGGUCUUUGUGAGUAUUCUUUUCUUCUUUUUAUUUUCACUGAGAUUCAAUGGUUGUGGUGGGCGGUAAGUAAUCCAUCGUCGGGUUCGAGUUUUAGACUCUCAAAUGGAGGUGGCAAAUGGAUGGUUUGAGCUGAAUUUGGACGGCUCAUUUGGCAAAAAUGGAAAGAGCAAUCCCUUCAAUGUUAUGUAGUCACUUUGUUAUUGUGUUGAUCCUACUUCUACCAGAUACAUCAGUGGCUGAACCUAGAUCCCAGAUAGUCCAGCUCAUAUGUGGAAACGGCACAGUUUCCGUCCCAAACUUUGUUGCUACAAUGGAAAAGAUAAGUGAACAACUGAGAACUAGAGGAUAUGGAGUAGCAGUUACUGGCACUGGACCAGAUGCUAACUAUGGACUUGGCCAAUGCUAUGGCGAUCUUUCAUUACCCGACUGUGUCUUAUGCUUCUCUGAAGCGCGAACCCUUUUUCCCCAGUGCUUCCCUACUAGCAAGGCGCGAAUUUAUCUUGAUGGCUGCUUUAUGCGAGUGGAAAAUUACAAGUUCUAUGACCAGUAUUUAGGUCCAGAGGACAGGCAUAUAUGCGGAAACAGAACGACAAAGGGUUCAUUGUUCCAACAGAGUGCUAGGCGAGCCAUUCAGCAAGCAGUUGCAAAUGCACCGAGUAAUAAUGGCUACGCGCGCGCUCAAGUGUCAUUGCCUGGAUCUUCCACCAUGACAGCUUAUGUUCUCGCUGAUUGCUGGAAGACGCUGAGCGCAAACUCCUGCGCAGCGUGUUUGCAGAAUGCAUCUGUAUCCAUGCUGGGAUGCUUGCCUUGGUCAGAAGGUAGAGCGCUGUACACUGGAUGCUUCAUGAGGUAUUCUGAUACAAAUUUUCUCAAUGCUAUUUCUACCAGUAGAGGCUCGUCAUCGAGAGGAAAAGUUGCAGUCAUUGUCAUUGUUGUUGUUAGCUCCUUUGUGGUUGUGGGAGUAGGUGCUUUCAUUGGUAUUGGUGUCUGGAAGAACAAACAAAUCCAGAAGAAGAGAAAAGGUGCAAAUGAUGCUGAGAAAUUAGUGAAGAUCCUUCAUGACAUCAGCUUGAACUUCAAGUAUUCGACGCUUGAGAAAGCCACAGGGUCAUUUGAUGAGGCCAACAAGCUUGGGCAAGGUGGAUUUGGCACGGUUUAUAAGGGUGUUUUGGCAGAUGGGAGAGAAAUCGCUGUCAAAAGGCUGUUCUUCAACAACAAACACAGAGCUGCAGAUUUUUAUAACGAGGUUAACAUAAUCAGUAGCGUCGAGCACAAAAAUUUGAUAAGGUUAUUGGGAUGCAGCUGCUCGGGACCAGAAAGCCUUCUUGUAUAUGAGUUCCUUCCUAACCAGAGUCUUGAUCGCUUCAUAUUUGACCCUACCAAAGGUAAAGAUCUAAAUUGGGAGAAAAGAUUUAAGAUAAUUAUAGGGACUGCAGAAGGUUUGGUAUACCUACACGAGAACACAAAGACACGAAUAAUUCACAGAGACAUAAAAGCGAGCAAUAUCCUGUUGGACUCGAAACUCCGUGCAAAGAUUGCUGAUUUUGGAUUGGCCAGGUCAUUCCAAGAAGACAGAAGUCACAUAAGCACUGCCAUUGCUGGUACAUUAGGAUAUAUGGCUCCAGAGUACUUGGCACAUGGCCAAUUGACAGAAAAAGUAGAUGUUUACAGCUUUGGAGUUCUUCUGAUGGAAAUUGUUACUGGAAGGCAAAAUAACAGGAGCAGAAAUGAUGAAAAUACAUACAGCUUAGUUUCCAUUGUGUGGGAGUACUAUCAACGCGGUAUAGUGGAGGAACUAUUCGAUCCGAAUCUCAUGUUGCACAACUACCACACCAUCGAUGUGAAAAAUGAGGUCGCGAGAGUUUUGCAUGUGGGGCUAUUGUGCACUCAAGAGAUCCGAACGUUACGUCCAUCCAUGUCUAACGCAUUACAGAUGAUCCUCGAGAAAGAAGAAAAGUUGCCAGUACCCAAUAAUCCACCAUUUGUCGAUGAGAACACCAUGGAACUUCAUGGGCCUUGGGAAAAGUAUUCGCUUAGUCAAGGUGCUUCUAGUUCGAUUGCCAACUUAUCUCACAGUUCUUUUUACCCCAGAUGAUGAUAUUUCAGUGCCCUGAAACUGAUGCAAAAAUUAUAAGCAUCAUUUCACCUCAUGCUCUUGAAGUGGACUUGAUCAUCAUGAUUGAGCAGGUAGCUAUAAGAACAACUGCUUUUCAGUUCCAAACAAAAGUUGGGGUCUUCCUCUGUUAGAAUAGGAAUAGGAUUGUAUACUACGUGGAAAAGGAUUGUAAUAUAGUGUCUAUAAAUAGGGUCCAAUAUAAUAAGUAGUUUACGUGUCUUAGUAAUAUUUUUCAAGUGUUUAUUUCUCAUAUGGUAUCAGAGCUUUAAGGGGUCAAUAUUUUAGCGAUUGUGUAGGGUGUUUUUGUGUCAUCUUCUUAUUCCAUUGGUAUUGUGAAAAAAAAACACCACCACCAGGUUCACCAUUGUCAGGAUGCCGCCUGAAGUGGCGACGCCAUUUGCGACAACCUUUCAAAGCCUGAAUAUUCAGUGAAAUUUCAAAAGUGGAGUCUGGCAAAGCCUUAAUGAGAGGAUCAGAAAAUCGGACAUCUUAGCCUAUAAGAGUUGAUGAGGAGGAAGUCAUUUUGAAAUAAUUCAAAGUGUACGGACUUAUUGUAAUACACUUGGACACUUGUGAAGUAUGUUAUUCUCUGUAUGGACUAGCACCCAAUUAUGCUCA